CGUCUACCAACAAACGAUCAACCAACAGCUGUGUUGAUGAAGAGUGCGUUGUUAUUGUGCGCGAGAUUGCGAUAGCGUUUAGGGCGAUACUUUUAUUCUUCAUUUGAUAGCGCAACAACCAUGUGGAACCGUGGCAGAAUCGUGAACCUAAUGCGAACGGUAUCUGGUGGCAGCUGUACCUGUCCAGCACAUUCGCGACCCGUCGCCGUCAACCUGCAGUCCGGAUCGGCUGAGAAUGAUACCGCGUUUGAAAUGUCUUCCUCGACGAUCCGCUACGGACCAGGGGUAACGCGCGAGCUAGGGCAUGAUUUGCAAAACCUGAACGCCAAACAUGUUUGCGUUGUAAGCGAUCGGAAUGUGCUACAGUUGGCCUCGGUGAAGACGGGACUCGAUUCAUUGAUCCGUGCCGGUAUUGAGACAGUGCUGUUCGAUCAAGUACGCGUGGAACCGACUAACGAAAGCCUACAGACAGCGAUCGAUUUCGCACGAUCACACCAGUUCGAUGCAUUCGUAGCGAUCGGUGGUGGUUCCGCGAUCGAUACCUGCAAGGUAGCGAACCUUUACAGUGCCGAUCGUGAAGCAGAAUUUCUCGACUAUGUAAACGCUCCGAUCGGUCAGGCAAAGGAGGUAACUGUCCCACUGAAACCGCUAAUCGCGGUACCAACCACAGCUGGAACGGGUUCGGAAACGACCGGUGUUGCGAUCUUCGACCAUAAACCACUACAUGCAAAGACGGGAAUUUCCAGCAAAGCACUUCGACCUAUUCUAGGGCUUGUCGAUCCACUGCACACACUGUCCCAGCCAGAAAAGGUGGCCGCAUACUGCGGAUUUGAUGUGUUCUGCCACGCGCUGGAAAGUUUCACCGCCAUACCAUACACUGAACGGGGACCGGCACCGUCCAACCCGAAGCUCAGACCACCGUACCAAGGUAGCAACCCCAUCUCGGACGUUUGGGCCCGGUUCGCAUUGCAAACCAUCAGUAAACAUUUCCGGCGUGCCGUGUUUCAUGCGGAUGAUCUUGAGGCACGAUCGCAGAUGCAUUUGGCAUCAACCAUGGCAGGGGUUGGGUUUGGCAAUGCGGGUGUGCAUCUGUGCCACGGUUUGUCAUACCCGAUUGCAGGCUUGGUGAAGCAAUUCGUACCACAAGGUUACACCGGUAGCCAUCCAAUCAUACCACACGGGCUGUCGGUAGUGAUGACGGCUCCGGCCGUGUUUCGGUUUACCGGAGCAAGCUGUCCAGAUAGGCAUUUAGAGGCGGCCAGCAUACUAGGAGCAGAUAUAUCCAAGAGCCACCGUAAGGAUGCAGGAGCCAUUCUUGCCGAUAUCGUACGCCGGUACAUGCACGAGCUAAACAUCGAAAAUGGUUUGUCGGCACUCGGAUUCAAUUACUCCGAUAUUCCAGCGCUCGUCAAAGGAACGCUACCGCAGGAACGUAUUACAAAACUAGCUCCCCGUGGCCAAUCGGAGGAGGAUCUUGCCGGGCUGUUCGAACAGUCGCUUACCGUGUACUAGAGGAAGCGGAAGCUGAAGGACGGAAGUCGUUGAUGGAGGAACGGUGUCACGAGUUCAUAUUUCUUAUCCCAACUCCUGAGGCGAAAGAAGCGUGGAAGUGCAAACCAGUUCGCAGCAGGCUGGCGUCCGUUUGAUGAAGGGUACUGUUUCACGCACGACACCGUGAAUGAUUUCUGCGUGCCAGCAUGAUGGCACAUGCCGACUGAUGUUUACGUGAAGUACACUCGCGUCAUACCCUUGCGGCAUCAAUUCACGGGUAAUGAUGAUACAUACAUCAGCUAAUGAUCGCACAUUUCUACACCCCCUUUGGUUUUGAGUAUGAUGCUGUUGUUUACUUAAGGAUGCUCUUGGUGGUUUGAAAGAUUUACACUUGCUGUUUUUACCCUUCGGGGAAGCGCGUUCGGAAGCAUUUCGGUCAUAUUUUUUUUCUCCUCCUUUUCCCACACACGGGUUCUACGCAGGUACCUCGUCAUAACAACAAAUUUUUGCAACCGCCAACGCUAUUUAGGAAGCAGACAGAUAGUUACAUUCGAACAAAUGAAGACAACUAAACAUCAGUGAGCCAUCUUAUAGUUCGGGGUUCGGUGGUACACAAUGAAAAAAGCGGCAUGCAGUAAAUUACGGCAAACGUAUUAAAUUUUACAGCAAAACAAUAUGGACGGGUGUAAUGUUUUCAGUUGUAUCAUAUACCGCACCUACAUUUUACAAUGAGACAAACAGAGAACUGUUGGAAAUAUCGUACCAUUCUCUCACACUAGAAUAGAUAUGCAGUAAGUGAUUUAUAGCAUACUUUCUUUUUUUAAUAAAUGGUAGCAGGCUUCA